CAUAAUUUUGUUUUUAGAUGCUUUUGCCCCUUCCUUUUUGUUACAAAAACUCGUGCAAUAUUGUCACAUAUGUGCAAGUGCACACAAGCAAUCAUACCAGGAAAUUAUUUGAAAAAAUGCUAUAAGGCGAAAUUAGUCUGAUCUAUCCUUGUCCUAAAAUAUUCUAAAAUUUCUUAAAUUUAGAAAUAUAUUAUAAUAUUCGAAAAAUUUUAAUUGAAACAACAAAUAGCGAUAACUUUUAUCGUAUGACGAGUAUGAAAUUAUAAUUCGAGAAUAGAACCACUAUGUACUUGAAAUAUCUGUCGAUUAUUUUCUAAUUCUGAAUAUUAAAUUAAUCUGUGGAAUGUAAUGGCGCAAUAAAAAUAACGUUUUAGGUGGAAAAAUGUCUGGUUAUUUCAACAGUCUUCUGCUUGCUGUAACCUCUUGAGGAACGAAUAUAUUAUAGUGGAAGAAAAAGGAUUAUUUUUCAUUUGAUUAUAUUUUAUUUCCUUUAUACUGAUAGUAAUUCACUAAAUAAAAAACAAUAAGUUUACGCAACAAAAUAAUGUCCACAUGUAUGAUUAUUGAGAGUUAAUGGUACAUUGCAAAUGAAAAGAUUUCAUGCAUUCAAGGUAUACCGAUUCUUUACAUUUUUCAUAGAUAUAGAAAGUUCGUUCGGUACUAUAAUAAUACAAUAAAAAAUUGUUUAUUGGUUACAAUAGGCUUUCACAAUAAUAAUAUUACCCAAUAACUGUACAUAAUUAAACGUGUACGUUCAUAAUUUUUUCUAAAACAUACCUGAUACCACGAAUCAUGUUUUUAAAUUUAUACAACCAUUGAAACCGAGUAUAUUUUACACAACUGGUAAUUUGUUCCUCAAAAAUUAACGAUAUUCUUCAAAUAAUCACAUAAACUCUUCAUACAAAGAGUUUCUUUUUUGGUUUUAAUGGGUAAGUGUUUUUGUUGCGACUAGUUCUUCAAUAAUUUCUAUAUUUGUUUUACUUCUCUUGGAAUAAUAUUAACGAAAACAAAAUAAAUAUUAUUGCGUUACGUUGUGUUGAAAAACAACGUGUUCCUGUUUGCUGAACGCGAAAAGAAACGGAUGUCGACGCUUUUGUCAACGAAGAAGAAAAAAAAAUACGUUAAAUAACUCAAAUAGGGACGAACGUCGCAUCGUUUCCGAGCGUUCGUUUUUCACAGAUCAGAAAUAUAGGUUGCGCCGCGCGUAAUCUAUAUUCGAAUCGAUAAGAGCAAUCACGAGGAUUUGAGCAUUUGUUUGUCUGAGAAAAAUAGUGCCAUAUCGCCGGGUGGUUCUACCAGCUCGUGACUAAAUUUGUCACGAUUGUUGCUCGUGUAACGUGAUAUUGACGAGUGGUCUCGGUUCACCAUGUGACUGUGAAUGUGCGAAACCAGAUAAAAGAUAUAAACAAAAAUUGUCGCUUGAAACGCCUUGCCAGAAGCUCGUUGACGAAUUAUAAUGAAAUUGAAAUUUGGUAGAUGUUGGAAAAUGGCGUCCAGUCGAGCUCGUGCAUAAGCCGAGACGUGUGCUGAGAUUUUUUUAGAGGUUUGUGCAACAAAAGUUUUCCAGCCGAGCUCGUGUUUAAACCGAGACACGUGCUAAGAGAUUAGGUUAUUUAUGUAUUUUACUAUAAAUGUCAUCCGAGCUCGUGUAUAAACCGAGACAUGUGUUGAAAGAUACUGAAUUUUGUUUAAUAUCCAGCCGAGCUUAUGCGUUAGCUAAGACAUGUGCUGAGUCGUACUGAUUUUAUUUAAUUAACAUUUUGCCGAGCUUAGACGGAAGCUAAAACGUGUGAUAAGAAAAAAAAAAAGUAUAAAGAAUUGUAUAAAGUUAUAUAAAGAAUACUCAUCCAAGCUUCGUGAAAGCGGAGAUGUGAGUUGAGGGUUUCGUAGAUAGGUGUAAGAGUUCAUAACAUUGAAAACUAAUGGAAAACAUGGUUUGGUUAGGUGCGUCAAGUGAGAUGAGUGAGAAAGAAAAUGAGGUAAUUGCAGAAGUUGCAACGACUGAGAAUGAGCUGCCGGUUGUCGAAGAAUCGGAAAAGUUUCUGGGGAAUCACCCUAACGAGGAAAAAGUGGGUGAAGCCGAGUUAAUUCCGGAAGUGGCAAACAGGAUUAAGGUUUGGCUAAAAGAUGGAAUUUCUAAGGAAGAAAGGUCGGAGAUUUUGACAUUGGUGCUCAAAAGGUACCAAGACUCCAAUAUGAACGCGCCCAAGUUAAAUGAUGACGCGAUUAAGAGAGACAGGUAUUUCUUUAAUUACCAGAAUUUGAUUGGUUCGAGUUUGUCGCUGACAGCUAUGGUGUUAAGCAUGAUUUUAAAUGACAAAAAUGUAGAGGUCGAUCUCGAGGUAUUGUUACAAUUUUAUUUCGUGCCUGGAUCACGGCAAGAAAAGUUUAUAUAACGCCAGCGUUUGACAAAAAGGUUAAAACGGUUCUGGACAAAGUCGAGUCGACGGAAUUUUUGUUUAGAGACAAUAUUAAAGAAUUCAUUAAUAAUGUUAAAACCGUUGAAAGAGUGGGAAAAGAUUUGAAAGCUAAUAGAAGGCCGUUUGGUACGUCUAAUGCGGUAAACUGGAGCGGAUCAUCUGGAAGAAAGGAGGUGAUUCAGGUGAUCCCAACGGCACGAAGCUAUUUCACCUCAAGGGCGGCAGGAUUGAAAAGCACCAGACGACCGUUUCAGCAGCGAGCAUUUAUUCAAACACAGCCGAUGCAGCGCAGACCGCAGCAACAGCAACAACUGCAGCAACAGCAACAGCAGUAACAGAAGUAGAUCAGGUAGAGAUUGCGGGAAGAUUGAAAUUGUUUGUCCAUAAAUGGCGAGAAAUUACGAGCUAUAGAACGGUGUUAGGAUUUAUUCAGGGAUAUAGGAUACCGUUAAUAAAUAAGGUUAAUCAAUGGCGUAUGCCAAAAACAAUGGUUUUUCCUAAAUCAGAACAGGAGUUUUUGGUUAACGAGAUUAAUAGGUUAAGAAAAAUAGGGGUGAUUAAAGAGACAAAGAUAAAGGAAGGUCAAUUUCUAUCAAGUUAUUUUUUGGUACCAAAGCCGAAUGGAUCUUAUCGUUUUAUUUUGAAUUUAAAGAAUUUUAAUGAGUUUGUGCCUACAGAGCAUUUUAAAAUGGAGGACAUCCGUACUGUUAUUAAUAUGAUAGAGAGAGGUGAUUAUAUGUGUAGCAUUGACUUAAAGGAAGCAUAUUUUUCGAUCCCGAUUGCAGUAGAAGAUAGGAGGUAUUUGCGAUUUAGUUUUGAAAACGUGUUAUUUGAGUUCACGUGUCUACCGUUAGGUUUAUGUACGUGUCCGUACAUAUAUACUAACCAGCUAUUUAGAUGAUUUUCUGAUUUUUGGAAAGUCGAAGGAAGAAUGUGUCAAAAAUUUGAAAAUGGUAAAAGAAUUACUUCUGUCUUUGGGUUUUUUAAUCAAUGUGGAAAAAAUCAAAGCUUAAUCCUGAUAAGUGUUGCAAGCACUUGGAGUUCGUUAUUAAUUCCGAAUUAAUGAGACUAGAGUUAACUUCAGAAAAAAAGAAUAAAAUUAAAGGUUUAGUUGAACAUGCGUUGGUUGAUCAAAGUUGUACGUUUAAAGAAUUAUUGGUGUUAAUAGGUAAUUUGGUGGCGGCGUGUCCGGCAGUUAAAUGGGGCUAGUUGUUCUAUAAAGAAUUAGAGGUUUUAAAAUGUUUAGAGGGCCCUAUAGUUAUGUGUAGAAAAAAGAAAAAAGUUAAUUUAUCUAAGACAGCCUUGAAAGAUUUAGAUUGGUGGAAAAAGAGUAGUAUUGGUAGUUAUAAUGAAAUUCGAAGUUUUAGAUUUCAUAAGACAAUUUUUUCGGAUGCAUUAUUAUCAGGAUGGGGCGCUACGUGUAACGGGAAACAAGCGCAUGGUUUUUGGAACGAAACUGAGAAAAGUCAACAUAUUAAUUGUUUAGAAUUGCUGGCUGUGCUUUUAGCGUUAAAAUGUUUUGCAAGUAAGAAUCGGGAUUGUCAGAUUUUGUUGAGAGUAGAUAACAUUGUGGCAAUUUCUUAUAUUAAUAAAAUGGGAGGAGUAAAAGUUCCUUACCUCAAUAAAAUUGCGCGAACUAUUUGGAAAUGGUGUCUGGAGCGCAAUAUUUGGAUUUUUGCAGAAUAUGUGGCUUCGAAGGAAAACUUAGCGGAUAAGGGAUCAAGAAUUUCUAAUAUGGAUACAGAAUGGGAACUCGGAAAUUAUGCGUAUAAAAGGAUUACGGAAGUCUUCGGGAUUCCGGAUAUAGAUUUGUUUGCUUCACGGAUAAAUAAGAAAUGUGAUCGAUUCUGUUUUUGGCAAAGAGACCCUGACGCGUUUGUAUUUAAUGCACUUAGGUUAGAUUGGUCUGAAUUUUACGGAUAUGCGUUUCCGUCGUUCUCAUUAAUUAUGAGAACAUUGAAAAAGUUUCGCGAAGAUAAAGCGACGGGUAUACUGGUUGUGCCAGAUUGGCGGACUCAACCAUGGUACCCAAGUUUUAUGCAAAUGAUUAGUUCUAGUAUCUUAAGAUUUGAACCUUGUACUAAGUUACUGGUGUCACCUUGCAGGACGAUAGAACAUCCGCUAGCCAGACAGUUGGGAUUGAUUGUAGGAGUUAUAUCCGGGAAAUGUAUAGGAGAAAGAAUUUAGAUGAAGAAUCAAUCUGUAUUAUGUUAGAGUCUUUGGCAGAGAAUACAUAUAAAUGGCGCGGCUUUUGUUUAAAAAAUAAUUUAGAUGUGUUAAAUAUUAAUGUAAGUUUAGUGAUAAGGUUUUUAACUGAGCAGUACCAUGCAGGGGCUCAUUACGGAACACUAAAUUCGAUGCGGGCAAUGUUGUCGCUGUUGUGUAAUAAUGAAUUGUCUAAUAACGUCGAGUUAAAUAGGUUGUUUAAGGGUUUUUAUAGGUUAAGAUCACCGAAGCCAAAGUAUGAUAGAAUGUGGGAUAUAGAUAUAGUCCUUAAGGAACUGGAAAGUUGGAUUCCAGUAGAAAGGUUGUCAUUAAAGGAGUUGACUUUGAAGUUGGUAAUGUUAUUGGCUUUGUGUACUGGGUUUAGGCUGCAAAAUUUAACUUUAUUGAAGUUGGAUGAGAUAAAGAUAAAUGCAUCAAGUGUAGAAUUAAUGAUUAGUGAUCUGGUAAAAUCGUCAAGACCUGGAAGGUUGCAACCAUAUGCUUUGUUGCCGGUUUUUCGGGAUAGACCGAAUGUAUGUUGUGCAAGUACAAUAAUAUAAGAUAUUAUUGUAUAGACAACAAAGAUAUAAGAGGCAAUGUACGAAAUUUAAUUUUAACAAUAAAAAAAACCGUAUAAGAAAGCAUCGUCGCAGACGAUAAGUAGAUGGUUAAGGGAGGUUCUCGUAAUUUGUGGAAUUGAAGAGCAAUUUACAGGAUACUCCGUCAAACAUGCGACAACUUCUAAGGCAUUCAAAAAAGGUCUGAAUGUUAAUAUUAUAAAAAAAGCAGGCGGUUGGUCUCAGAGAUCAAAGGUUUCUUCUAAAUUUUAUAAUCGACAAAUAGUCUCGGAAAAUUUUGCGGAUUAGUUUUGUACUAAUAAUUGAGUGCUAUUUUCCUUCAUGUAAGAAACAUGUUUUAAUUGUAAAAAUUGUUAAGGAAAGGUUAAACUUAGGUUUGUAAAGAAUUUAUUUUUUGUUUGGCAUAAUAAUAAAGUUUAUACUGAUAAAUAGAUAGACAUUUAAUGUAGAACUCUGAAUAUCGCUACAUAGUUAAUCUCGGAAAACAAGGAACGAAGAAUACUUGAGCGAUCGUGGUUAUCCGAGUUCUUUGUUUGAAGAGAUUAAUGGCCCACAAAACUCCCAGUGGUUAGGUUAUGGUGUCUUUGAACUAAAAUGACAAAGGACGGCGUGUGGAGGAAGGGGAACGACAGGCAUUUUUCUUUUGGUUUCAUAGCUCUGAAAGUGGCGUUUUUUCGGUGCUGAGGCAGGUAGUACUACAUAGUUAAUCUCUUCAAACAAAAAACUCGGAUAACCACGAUCGAACUUCGCUCGCCUUAGGCGAGCUCGUUCGAUCGCUCAAUAAUAUAGGAAAAGAGAGAUCAGUUUCAGUCCUUUAAGUUUUCAAAAGUACGCCUAACGAACUUAAAGGACUAAGUCUGCCCUCUCUUUUUCUAUAUUAUUGUAAUACAAUAAAUUAUGUAUUAUAAAUAGUGGAUCUCUGUUCCUUUUCCCCAUUGUCUCAUUUUUUAAAUUUGUUACAAGACCUUGUGCCAUGCGUUCUGUGAACGUAUGAACUGUAUCCUAAUACAAUAAAUUGUGUGUUAUAAAUAGUGGAACACUUUUUUUUAUUUUCACUUAAACAUAAACAUUUAAAUUGCUUGCAACAAGACUUUCUGCCAUACGUUCUGCGUACUUCUGAACUUUAUUCUAAUACAAUAAAUUAUGCGUUACAAAUAGUUGAUUUCUUUCUUUUCAUGUCUCGCUUCAUUUUUAACAUUUAAAUUUCUUGUAGUGAGACAUCCUGCCAUGCGUUCUGUAUACUUUUGAAAACUUAAAGGACUGAAGCUGGUCUCUUUCCUAUAUCUGAAUUCAGACACAUUAUGUAUAUUGUAGACUCUACGCUUACUAUAAUAAAAGACAAAUGUAUUUUUAUUUUAAGCUCUACAUUAAUUUGCAAGUAAAAUAAGGUUUGUAUAUGUUAUUUACAAAUAAAAUUAAUGUCAUAUGGAAUAUAUAUAUUCACUUUUGUUACUCUCUCUCCCUUUCUUUUUACAGUUCAUACGUACACAGAACGCAUGACAGAAAGCCUUGUCGCAAGCAAAUUAAAUGUUUAUGAUGAAGUGAAAAUAAAAAAAGUGGUCCAUUAUUUAUAACACAAAAUUUAUUGUAUUAAAACACUUAUUCUUAUUGCACAAUGUUUCUUAUUUGCACAAAAUGAACAUUUACUGAAAUUUGUAUUAUGAAGUGCACACUCAAACACCAAAUUUAUACAUAUAUUUCUUUCCACAACGACAAGGUAGAUAUUUUAUCACUUAUAACCAUAUACUUCCCAAUACAAUAACACUACACGUAGCCUUUAAAAUAAUUAUUCAAUUUGCGGCGUCCAAAUGUCACAAAUACAAACUGACAGGUUAUACAGGAUAGAAAUGAACGAGCGGCGUGAGCGGCAGCCAUAUUACAAUUCCGGCAGACGAGCCCUGCCGACUGAUUCCGAAAGUCGACGAAUCGACGAACGGCCUUAGCUCCUAUUCACUAAGUGUUGACGAAAAGAAUAAGAAUAAGAAUCAGAAUCAGUAUCAGAAGAAAAAUCUACAAUUUCUGACCGAUUCAUGACAUGAUAUUACGAUAUCUCAGUUGUACAUAGACCGAUUUUAAUGAUUUUGAUUUUAUUAGAAAGCUUAUAUGCGAUUUACAUUAGAAAAUGCCUUUGGAUUUAGAAAAUACAUCAAGCGUGACGAGAUAUUAAUGACAGCAGUUUCAGGUUAGGUUGGAAUCGCAGUUUUACGAGUAAAAGAUACGUGGUAGCGCCAGCGCCACUAUACACGGUGGCGUAUAAUUUUUCAUGUACUUGGCGU